AUGCUCUGUUGGGCGGCAACGCGCGGCAUCACCGACAGCUACACUGGCGGGAGCGAGGGGGAGAAUUCUUCCGCCGAUGCCGGCGAGUGCGGAGAGGGUAACGAAGCGCGCGUAUGUUUGGGGGCCACCCUGCGCGUGGCGCACUUCAGCGACGGCGGAGGGUACGCGCGCUGUCUGUCGCCGUUGCCCCGCCUUGCAGCGCGCCGAUGCGCGGAGAUCGGGUGCUGGGCGGGCGGUAGUGGUGAGCGGGCGCGGGCUGGCAGCAGUGCGCGCGAUAGAACCGGGGGAGGUGGUGCUGCACGUGCCACGGCACGCCAUGCUCUCAUGCGCCGACGUCAGGGCAUGCCCUGCCAUGGCGCCGUUGCUGCCUGCAUUCGCACACCUGUCGUCCCACCAGGUACCUGUAUCCCAGAGAAUUCUCCUCCUGCCUCUCCACCUGUCCCUUCACUCGCAUCACGUGUUGAUGCACGUGCCCCCCCUGUUCCCCUGUGUGCGCAGCUGCUCGUGUGCUACGUGCUGCUGCAGGCGUCACAGGGAGCGCGCUCGCCCUGGCAUGCAUACCUGCGCUGCCUGCCGCGCUGCUACUCACUGCUCUCGCGCUUCACCCCACACCACAUGGCCAUGCUGCAGGUGGGCAUCACCUCGUCGCACCCUAAGCCUCAAACCCUGAACCAUGGGCCGCCUUGCCACGCCCUCGCUCACGUGCCCACCUCCACAUGCACCGCACACACGCCCAUGUUCGCGCAAUCUUAUCCACGCACACACACCACGCAUGCCAUCCGGCAGUCCAGCGUCUUCCCCUUUGACCCCGUCACAACUUCACUCCUUGGACCGCACCCUUCACUUCCUCCCGCCCUUCUCUCCCUCUCCUCUUCUGCAUCUCCUUCCUCCCGGCUCUCACCCCCUCUCCUUGCCACCCCCUUUCCUUCCCACCCCCUUCCUUCCCACCCCCUCUCCUUCCCACCCCCUUCCUUCCCACCUCCUCUCCUUCACCCCCCUCCUUUCCCUGUGCCGCCCACUCCCAGGGCGCUGCUGCGAGCCAUGGCCGUGCCGGGCAAGUGGCUGUCGUGGCCCGCAUGGUCGUGGGGGCACUGCACGGUGUCAUCGCGCACGCUGUACGUGCCGUGGGACGAGGCGGGCGCGCUGUGCCCGGUGGCGGACCUCCUCAACUACGAACCGCUCUCCCCCACUGCUCCUGCUGGUGCUGCUGCUGCUGCUGCUUCUCCCCCCGCACCACCCGCGCUGCCCCCUUCCCCGUCACCAUUGCCCGCUCAACCUUGUUGCUCUCACAUGCCUGGGGACGUGGAUGGCAGCACAGCACACACAGAUGACAGCACAGCACACACAGAUUCCAGCACAGCACACACAGAUGCCAGCACAGCACACACAGAUGCCAGCACAGCACACACAGAUGACAGCACAGCACACACAGAUGACAGCACAGCACACAUAGAUGCCAGCACAGUAGGUGAAGCAGUAUCAGCUGGAGCAUGUGACCCAGAGUGCAUGCGGGAUGCAGCAGCACUCAGUGACUGCACCCCCGACAUGCACCGUGUGGCGUUGAGUGGCAAGCACGCCACCACUGCACCGCCCACCUGUGCUCGCAUCACUGCCACCCAUCAUGCCGCCAUGCACGCCACUCCCCAUGCUGCAGCACUUGCCUCGGAUGCAGGCACAGACUCCUGUGAUCUUGUGACCCAAGCAUACAAUGGCGUGACACACGCCUGUGAUCGUGCGGCAGACGCCUGUGAUCGCGUGACAGAUGGUGGGUACAGCGAGGAGGCCCAGGCGUACCACAUAUUCGCACGCAGGCGAUUCGAGGCGGGCGAGCAGGUGGUGAUCUGCUACGGCUGCUACAGCAACCUGCACCUGCUGCUGCACUAUGGCUUCCUGCUGCCCGCCAACCCGCACGACUGCAUCCCCAUGCACCCCCCCUGCGACCCCCACCAACUCGGCAUCCCCCUCCCUCCUCCUCCUCCCCCCUGCUCCUCCGCCGCUCACACCACUCCGCCCCCCCUGUGCCUGCAAGCGGACGGCACGCCGUCCUUCCUGCUGCUGGCGCUGCUGCGCGUGUGGACCACGCCCUACCGCCUGCGCAGGCGGGUGCGCCACGUGGCGCUGUCUGGUUCGGCGGUGUCGGAGGAGGGUGAGGUGGCGGUGCAGCGGUGGGUGGGUGGCGAGUGUGAGCGGCUGCUGGCGGCGCUGCCCAGCACGGUGCAGCAGGACGAGGCGCUGCUCUCAUGCCUCAGGGCAGGAGGGGGGAGCAAGGGGGAGGGCGCGCAAAGGACGAUGGAGGGCGCAGGAGUGGGAGGGAAGGGGUGUGCACGUGGUGCUGGUUCUGGCACUGAGGGGGUGGGGACAGAGGAUAAAGAAGGCGGCUGUGAUGCGCAUGGGGAGGGGGUGAGGACAGCAGCGGAGGAGGAGCAGCAGAAGGCGGUGCUGGCGGUGAUGUGGCGCGUGGGGUACAAGAGGUUGCUGCAGCGAGGCAUGGCAGUGGCACAGCGCGCCCUCCAUGCUGCCUCGCAGUGCUAG